AUGCCAGGACAUGAGCAAGGCAUUCUUACGCACACAGCAUACGGAGCAUCCGACAAUACGCGUUAUGAGGCGGCACUCCCAUCCCCACUAGGCAGUUUGUCUUGGCUUCAAGAUCGAGCCCCGUCUUAUAUGUCCGCCAAUACUCUUCAGUCAAGUCGUCAGCCGAUGGAAAGUAUUCCGCCCGCGGCAGAAGCGAGAAACCCUGUAUCAGAGGACAAAGCCAUUGAUGUGACUACUGCUAAAGCAUGCGGUAGCUCCCUAUUGACUCUGUUACAACUGCGGCCCAACGUUCCAUCCACAACAAAAUUUGCUGUCCUAAAGCUGAGCAACAUAGCAUGGAAUCUCAGCAUUUCUGACGUGGUUGCGUAUUUUGCACCGUUCAAGGUCCCUGUAUCUCACCUAUCUCCGCACUAUACUCAAGGCGUUCAUAUUAUAAUGAACCGUGCCACUGGGAAGACCCAAAGCGAUUGCUUUGUGGAAUUUCCUAGUUAUACUGAAGCCCAGCGAUCUUUAGAUUUGCAUGCCCGAGGGAUCCUGAAGGGUCGUAUCGUCGUUGCGCAGUGGAGCAGCCAAGCGGAGCUGAUGGAUGCCUUGUUUCCGCAUCGGUCUUCUGGGCUCCAGACUGAUACACAGGGGAAUCCGUCCGUUGAGACCUCGGCGCUACAGGGAACGAUGGACAAGAGAUGCAAUGACACCUUCCAAUCUCGACGGGCCGUUGGAAGUGGACUUGUGUACGGUCAAUCAUCGUCUUCGCAACUGAAAGAAGGCGUUUAUCUGCUACGCGAAGAGAUUAAUGCUCUGCUGCUUGUUUGCAGAAACUACAAGCUUCAUUUCUCCCGCAAGUGCGCGGAAAGGCCUUUUGAAAAUAUUAUCUCAAUUAUUUGCAAGAUACCCUGGCAUGAACCACAUUUAGUGUCGACAUCUCAUAGGGACCAUGUAUUUGAAAUGCUCAAACUGUCGCUGGAGUCUCUCAGUAUUCAUCUAUCCCGCCACGACCACCAUAUUGAUGGCAGCUUGAUGAUGCGGAUGGUACGAGCCGGUCUGUGCGUUCCGCUGUUUACAGAGCGACAGAAAGUAACCCUUUUAAACGUGGCUGGUUUACCAUGUCCCAAAGAUCUUGCACCAUUUGUGUACAAUCCACCACAAGUGCAACCGUCUCGGUCUCCCGAUGCGAAGGAUCGUGCGAGGUCCGCGACCCCAUCAAACCUCGGCGAGUCCUCUUUACAGGAUCUAUCAUCGACCUCAUCCACGUCCACUACCUUUUACAACACGGUAUCAACUUUGGAAGAAAUGACUUGCCACAUCGAAGAACUCACUAUGGACGAUGAGCCUGCUCAGUCUACUCCUGUCGCCAAGACCUCGAAUCAAGGUGCUGUUCAGAAGACUUUUAGCCAAGCUGUCUCUCGUUCGGCUGAUCUCUACCCGUCUCCGCCAGAUGCAGAUGGAUCUGGGACAUCCCAUUGUGUCGCUACUGCGACCCCUAAUCCUUUUUCUGAGCCGGACCAACGACUUGAUGUAGUCACCACUCCUGCCAUGACUCUAAGUCUCUAUGCUGCCCGCAUCCGCAUGCUUGAGCAAGCCCUUCGACAAAGUGAAACCCGAUAUGAAGAGUUACGAAGGCGGCACGAAGCAUCUGUCACUCGCAGCCAAGUUGAGCAGCAAGAACUCAUCAACGCCAAACUGCGUACCGAAGGUCAAUGUCGGGACCUGGAGAGUUUAGUGGGUAAUCUAGAAAAAGCCAACGCGGAACUUGAACGCCGCUGCUCCAAGCUUCAGCAAUUGCUCUCAGCGAAUUUGAGACAAGAAGAUAUUCAAGGAACUCGCAGGAGACAUUCUGCUACUCAAAGUACCGGGAACAGCAACUAUGAGCGCCAAAGGUCUCAAGUUGGUUAUUUGACUGGAACUUCCAUCACUUCAGAAAGUGUCAAGAGUAUUUGGAAGUAAUGUACAUGAUCACCUUUGAUGGAUCUACUUUAUCACAGGUCUUGCGUUCGGACACAGCAAAUCUCAGCUUACGACACGAUAAUUCAGCCUACACAGUUGAAAUUGGAAAAGGACACUCCCUAUUAUCUGCGCCGAACGUGGGUAUUACUGUGGAAAUUACUGCAUAAUUGCACAUGAACGUUAUAGAUUGUCAAACACGCCAAAAUAUGCUUGUCAUGAUGUUUCGCGGGACACUAAUAUAUAUUGCAAAGUGAAUUUGAGAGCAAUCGAAUAAUGAGAUGUAAAAUGUAGAUAGACUACGAGCAUUGAUGCAGAGUUUGUUCCUCCGUCUUGAAUUUUCGCCAAAUGCAAAAGCUUCCUAUGUGUGCCCUCUGAAUAUAGAUUACAACAAUACUUG